AGCCACAAAAACGAAGUUUAAGGAGCGGGUGAUAACUGGCGCGAGCGGAGCUCCUGCAGGACAGGAGCCGGGUGCCUGUCCGGGAUGGUAGUGUGGGGCUGCUGUGCCUGGAGACACGAACCGCAGGAGCUCCGGAACCCUCCAUUCGCCCGAGGCGGGCUGAGAUUGUUAACCCUGUUGCUAGCAGGAGGGUUUGGUUGGGAUUUUACUGAUUUUUUUCUUGGUUUCAGUGAAUUAAUUUAGCCCAGUUAUUUUUAGGACAUUCCUAUGCUCCCUAUUUGCACAGCAGUGGUGAGCUGGUUUCCUGUCUGCUGUUGCUUCCAUUGUUCAGACUUCUUUCCCCGAGGGCAGCUGCUGGUUGGUGAAAUACCAAACUCUCCGCACUUUCAACUGUUGUUCUUACCAGCCCCCCUCCCCCCGCCGAAAUAAAUGCCUGCGAAAAACGCUGACGUAGUUUCUAGGUAUGCAUGUGGAGGGCUUUGUGUGUGUAUCUCUGUGUGAGAGAGGGAGAGAUCUGCUUUGAGGAUUGCAAGUCCUGGGCUGAAACAAUGGAAACAAUGAAAGGUGACAGGCAGGAGGGAGAACUGUUGAGAGGGGCCAUGGGCCUGGGGUUUGCGUGGCAGAAAUUAAAAGGUGUAGUUGCAAUAUCGGGCAGUGAAACGGAGGAUGAUGACACUAUGGAUGUCCCGUUGGAUCUUUCCUCAUCUGCUGGCUCAGGCAAGCGGAGAAGACGUGGCAACCUGCCCAAGGAAUCUGUGCAGAUUCUUCGGGACUGGCUGUAUGAGCACCGAUACAAUGCUUAUCCUUCAGAGCAAGAAAAAGCCCUGUUGUCCCGGCAAACACACCUUUCCACACUACAGGUCUGCAACUGGUUUAUCAAUGCACGCCGCAGGCUUCUACCUGACAUGCUGAGGAAGGAUGGCAAAGACCCAAAUCAGUUCACUAUCUCACGGCGAGGGACCAAGCUCCCCGAGGGUGGCCUGAUAGAGUCUUCCAUCAGCACAAAGAACUACAUUCCCCUGCUGGAGGAGACUGCCUUCCUUCCCUCUGCAGCACCGCUUGGCAAGACUAUCUCCUCUUCCAAGCCAGCUUCCCCAGGAUCAGUCCUGGCUCGGCCAUCGGUGAUUUGCCACACGACUGUGACUGCAUUGAAAGAUGCCCCUUUCCACUUUUGCCAGCCAGCUGAUGUAGGCCAGACCACAGACCUGCAGCAGCCCCCCACCAACAGCUUCACAGACAACCCCCUCUCCUACCAUGAGGACGCAUCUAAACUGGGACCUGGUGCGAAUGCACAAAGUGGGCUCUUUAACACUCCUCCUCCAACCCCACCAGACCUUAACCAGGAUUUUAGCGGAUUUCAGCUACUGGUGGAUGUUGCACUCAAAAGGGCGGCAGAGAUGGAGUUGCAGGCAAAACUUAUGGCUUAAAUCCCCUCUGUUCUCCUUCCCAUUUUGUUUUUCCAGGCAGGGAUCUAACAGCUGUGUGGUUAUUACCACCCACAUGAUAUCAAAAGACUUCACAGCAUUAUUAUUAUUUUUUUUAUUAAUCUUAUUUGCACAAGGGAUUGCUGAAAUGAAGCUUCCUGUCACUGAGUUGGUUUUCAGUGGAAUAUGGUCAUUCCAAGAAUUAUAAACUUAAAGCUACUGUAGAAGAAAGGACUGUGUGUUGGUUUUGUUUUUUUUGUUUUGUUCUUAAUGUUUUCUUCAUAGGUUUUUCAUAAUGUGAGAUAGUUCCCAAGAUCAUGUGAUUUGUUUUUUCUUUCAGACUGUGCAAUAUCUAGUAAUGAUAUAGAGUCUUCUUAUCAUUCCCAUGUGGAACAGAAUAUACCGACAUGCUGUUUAAAAUAAAUUUUCAAUUUUUUUAACAAUAUGAACUUGGAUGAUUAUGCUUUUUUUCCCAUAAUGUAAUAAAAUAUUUUCUUUACAAA